UAACAACAACAUGGCGGCUACCAUGAAAUGGAAGCGUGUAACAAAUUCUACUGGCCCUGUGCCGCGGCCAAGGCAUGGUCAUCGAGCGGUAGCAAUAAGAGAACUUAUGGUCGUAUUUGGUGGUGGAAAUGAGGGAAUUGUGGACGAACUUCAUGUGUAUAACACAGCAACGAAUCAAUGGUUUGUUCCGGCGGUGCGAGGAGAUAUUCCACCGGGAUGUGCUGCGUACGGAUUUAUCGCCGAUGGAACCCGACUAAUUAUAUUUGGAGGAAUGAUUGAGUACGGAAGAUAUUCUAAUGAGAUGUAUGAACUUCAGGCAAGUAGGUGGGAAUGGAAAAAACUCAAACCAAAAGCACCUAAACCUCCAGGAGGACACCCAUGUCCUCGCCUUGGACACAGUUUUACAGCUGUUGGUCACAAGGCAUAUCUGUUUGCUGGUCUGGCUAAUGACAGUGAUGACCCAAAGAACAACAUUCCCAGAUAUUUGAAUGAUCUGUACGUUAUUGAUAUCCGAACAAGUAGUAACCUACAAUGGGAGAUGCCUUCAACAUUUGGCAUGACCCCAUCUCCCAGAGAGUCACAUACUUGUGUUGCUACUUCGGAUUCAGACAACAAGAGACCUAGGCUUAUUGUGUAUGGUGGAAUGAGUGGCUGCCGCUUGGGUGAUCUACACCAAUUAGACAUAGAAACAAUGACAUGGUCAAAACCAGCUGUCAAUAAUGCCAUUCCUCUUCCCAGAAGUCUUCACUCGGCAACCACCAUUGGCAAGAGAAUGUUUGUGUUCGGAGGCUGGGUUCCUCUUGUCAUGGAUGAAGUGAAAGGACGACAAGAUGAGAAAGAAUGGAAGUGCACUAAUUCCCUUGCUUGCUUAAAUUUAGAAACAAUGGCUUGGGAGAAUGUAGUAAUGGAUCAGUAUGAUGAUUCUAUACCAAGAGCAAGGGCAGGACACUGCAGUGUAGCUAUCAAUACCAGGUUGUACUUAUGGAGUGGUCGAGAUGGAUACAGAAAGGCAUGGAACAAUCAGGUGUGCUGCAAAGAUUUAUGGUAUCUUGAAACAGAAAAACCACCAGCUCCAAGUCGCGUUCAAUUGGUCCGAGCAAGCACCACCACCUUGGAAGUUUGUUGGGGAUCUGUACCAACUGCUGAUGCCUAUUUACUGCAGUUACAGAAAUAUGAGCUUCCUCCAACGCCACCAGCAACACCAGUCAAAGCACAGUUUACACCAAGUGGGUCUGCAAGUCCUGCACUGAUGAAAACACCUGUGCCAGGAGGAAGCCCUUCCACAGGAGGUGUGAAGGCUUCUCCACCAAAUGGAAAGAUCACAUCUUCGCCUUCUGUCACACCUACACCAGGUAACCAAGGUGGAACCCCUAAAGUUGUUAUGCAGUCGCCAUCACAGCCUCCUAAAGCACAAGUACCGUCAGCUGCACCAACUGGGAAGCCUGUGAAUGUUGCACAGAAGAUGAGCCCAGCUGCCAGUCCUGUGGCAAGUGUAAUGAAGGCCUCUGUAGCUCUGUCUACAGGCUCUUCAACAGGACAAUCUGGAGCGGCAGCCACCACAGUGGCAUCUAGUACCAAGACAACCAUUCAGGGUCAGGCUGCCAAUCAAGCAGUGUCAGCCUCCACAUUAACCAAUCAGGGGCUGACGUUGUUAAGAGCCCCAGUUCAGCUUCCGCCUGGUGUCCAAGCCACGAUGAUCACAAAUGCUCAGGGUAUCCCUGUGAUGCGUCUUCAAGGAGCAGGAAUUCAAGGAACGGCACCAGUCACAUUGGUCACUUCUCAAGUGGGUGCAACACAGUUACAGGGUGCAACCAUUGUCCGAAUGGCCACACCUAUUGGUGGUGCUGCGACUGCCGGAACAACAACAGGAACAGUGUUGAGACUGCCAGUGCAAAGUGGAGGAACCAGUGUACAAGGAACUGCAGUGCUCAAGAUUCCAGUCACCUCGUCAAUACAGAUGCCUGGUGCUGCUGGGCUGACCUUCACUGCUAUGGCGGGAGCCACUGGACAAGCUGCUGUAAUCAAACAGCAGCUUCCUGUUACAGUUCCUACAAACCUGCCCCCGGGGACACAACUAAAGGUUGGUCCUCAGGGCCAGCUCACUGCUGUCGGACCGGGUGGUAUUCCCGUGCAGCUCACCUUGCAAAAUGUGAAGGGACAGGUACAACAAGGAGCUACGCUAACAACUCCAACAGUUCUCCAAAUAGCAGGGGGGUCAUCAGUGAAGGUUACAAACACAUCUCAACAGGUGUCCUCUUCGGUAUCACCUCAGAAAGUCACAUCAUUGACACAGAGUUCAACUGCAGUUGGGAGGCUUCCAAUAACUACCACCACUGUGAUUUCUGGUGCUAAACCAGUGGUGACUGCUACAGCCAGUACCACGCCCUCAGCAGCUGUGCCUGAAAAGAUUGUGGCUGUCAGUAAGGUGACUUCAUCCCCGGUAGUGUCGUCCACCUCUGGACCUACCUCUGCUCAAGUCUCCAAAGGUCUUGAACAAAAAACGUUGCCAACAGCUUCCGCCACGCAGAGUCUCCCGAUGGUUAAUUUACCAGUCAGCAAACAAGUUACCCCUGUAACAACACAGGCUGUAAAAGCAACGGUGGUGGCGAGUAGCAGUGCUUCGGGAAUAGUAACAACAGCCGUGUCAGCAGCAACCACUUCAUCCUCGCCAAUCCAAGCUCAAGCGUUAACGAUGGUGACAUCUCGUGGUACCGUACCAACUACUGUAGUCACAUCAAGUGUGCAGCCCUUGAAGACAGCAGUAUCAGUCAGUACUCCCGCAACCAAACCUGCAACCCCAACGGCAAUAGCAACCGUUUCAACACCAACUCCAGUCCUCUCUACCGUCAGUGUGGCAAGAGUGACAUCUGCUCAAUCCACUGCGCCUCCUGCUUCGACACAGUUGUCUAGAGCGGCAAGCGUGUCAACGGUGGGAAUGGUCAAGUCAACAGCCGGCAUUGUGAAAGCAACCACAGCGACUGGGGCGCCGGUGGUUUCAGCAGUGUCGACCCCUCUUGUGUCUACAUCAGUGUCUAGUAGCACUCCUGUGGCAGUUGUGUCUCCACUGGUGUCAUCUACAAGACCUGCUGCGACUGUCGCAGCGGCCUCGCCCGCCAAAAUGACGACAACAUCGCCUGCAACAGCCAGCACCAAACCGUCUCAAGUCAGCUCUGCUUUUACACCGACUGUAAAUGGUGGAGUCAGUGCGACGACUAAUCGAUCAAUAACACCCACCGCAAUAACAAAGGUACAAAGGCCAGCCAAGCAAACGUAUACAAGGAAAUUGCAGCCUUCAAAUCAGUGGUAUGAUGUGGGAAUUGUCAAGGGAAUCUCCAUGAUGGUCACACAUUACUAUUUAUCCAAUGACAGCACAAGUAACGAGGGAAACCUUGACGUCGAAAGCAGCUCCGAACAAAGUUUAAAGAAACAGGAACUUCUACCAGGGACUGCUUAUAAAUUCCGUGUGGCGGCCAUCAAUGCAUGUGGUAGAGGGCCAUUUAGUGAUGUGUCGGCUUUUAAAACGUGUCUGCCAGGUUUUCCUGGAGCCCCGUCUGCUAUUAAAAUCAGCAAGAAUGCAGAGGGUGCCCAUCUAUCGUGGGAAGCUCCGUCCAACACGGCGGGUAACGUGAGCGAAUACUCCGUGUAUCUGGCCAUACGCAGUCAGUCAGCCAAUCAGUCAGAUGAGAAGCCAGUGGCCGGUUUGACUUCCUCCACAAGCUCCACCCCAGUCCAGCUCGCCUUUGUACGCGUUUAUUGUGGUGCCCAGCCCACUUGCACAGUCAGCACAGCCACUCUUCAAAGCGCGCAUAUCGACUUCUCCACCAAGCCCGCUAUUAUCUUUAGAAUUGCUGCUAAGAAUGAUAAAGGUUAUGGUCCGGCGACUCAAGUAAGGUGGCUUCAAGAUGUGAGAGACUUAAAAGAUGGCCAACUAGCUGUCAAGACAACAACCAAACGGUCUGCCGCAGAUAGUAGCCGCUCAGCAGAUUCGUCCAAGAGGGCCAAGAAAGAUAAAGAGAAAAAGGAAGAAAAGGUGAAAAAAGAGAAAGAUACUGAAAAGGACAAAGAAGCAUCGCAAGAAGACGCUGCCACCGCAAAAGAAACAAAAGAAUCUUAAUAUAAAUACCUUGCACAGACAGAGAAACAGUUAUUUUAUUCAGAAAGCUCUUCUUAAAAGUGAACUUUCUCGGUAGUAAUACAGGCGGGCCAUUUUUUACUUUGGUGAGUGUUUUUUCGUUUUCAAUCCAUUCGCUCCAGACUUUAAAGAAGACAAUUACUGGCUUACGCAAUUUUCUGCGGGUUCAAUCAAGCCAGUAAAGAUGGCUAAGCGCGGGUCACGCGUGAUUGGAAAAGAACCCCUCCUCUCCCUGCACGAUUUCAGCCUCAGAAUUUGCCCCGCUCUUGCCAUCAUUCGCCCGCAAAACUCUGGAAAAAUACUCUCGUUCUGCCGAUUUGAAAUUACGGACCUUUUUGGCGGAAGGAGAGGGGAGUAGCACUAAGUUUAAUGUGAAAGUGAAAAAAUACUUAAUUGUGUUGGCUGAAAUAUAAAAGUGCAAUGAGACAGGUAAAUUCUGCGGCUUGGUGGCGAAUAAGUUUUCAGGAUAUCUUUAUCACGGUGUGAUAAUUUGUUUAGUCUGUUUUGCUAUCGAGAACGUACAGUUUAUUUUAUCGUACAGAGAAAUUCGUAUAUUAUCGUCUUAUGUUGCCCUUAAUUGGGCUUCGUCACGAGAAUGUCGGAUAAAUUAGGGAAACCUUCCGUCAGUUUGUUUGUUUGUUUCUUUUUCCACAAUCUAAUUGAGUGGCUCGGUUACUUAGUUUUUGCCUAAGUACGUCUGAGCCAGCGAUUGUCAGAGGCUUGACUUGUUUUCUUUUGGUACUCCAUGAACUCGGGUUCCCGAAAUAUGAAGCUUAGGCAAAUAUGACGGUGACACCUGACAAUUGACGUGUUUUUUUUUUGUCUAGUUUUUUUCCUCUUGAAUGCGUAAACAUGUAUAAUGUGCCUUACGUGUCACGUUUAUCCAUCAGGUUUGAGCGCCGUCACUAGCCAACCCCAGGUCACCGCAAAACGUUUCGAAGACGAGUUGAAACGACACUUCCCUUCGUUUCAAAUUGAGAUUCGUUGAAAAAAUUUUUGUCCCUGCGACCAUAAAUUUUGUCCCCUAAGCAAGUCGCAUGAAUUUAAACUGAUCUUCGCAAAGAUCAAUUGAGGUAGUGCGACCUGUUGUAGAAGCAGCACACAUUGAGCUGUUUUGCAGAAGAGACCUGUAGAGGUUGCUCUUAGUCUGUGAUGGAAGAACUCCAGUUCUGUAGAAAACCAUUUACGUUGCUAUGCUGGUCGUUAAUCUCGAAAAGCUCAUUUGUUUUCUGCUGAUGACGUUUAAGCCAUUUGUUUUACCACUUUAUUGUCGCCGUGGUGUUGCUUAAGAUCCCUAUUAGAACAAUUUUCAGUUAGUUUUUUCCGAUUACAUUCGUUGUUUUUCUCUAAGCUCUCUGGAAAUUCUCUCCACCCUCUCUCGGUCGACCAGAUGCGAAGCUGAGGCCAAUCGCGAUUUUGUCCGUUUAGUUUUCUUACGUUUAAGGCAAAGUGCUUGUUUUUACUUUAAGUUUUCUUUGGCUCCCUUUGAUAUUUUUUUUUUUUAUGAUUAAAUCACCUGAUUACUUUGGCCUUGGUUCACGACACUUUAUUGAA